CUUCCGCCUCAACAGUUUCUACUUCUUCAAAAUCACAGCACAGACAAGAUGGGAGAGUACAUCCCUGAAGAGCCCGAUUUGGGCGCUCUCAAGCCCUCCUUCACCGGCUCUCCUGAGCCCGAGAGUCCCGGGACCAACGCCCUCAUUCGCACCCUCUCCUUGAUUCCUCACAUGGAGGGUGGAUAUUUCCAGCAAACGGACGAAGAUCCCACCACUAUUCCCUCGCCGUAUCCGUCCGAAGCCCUCUCUGCUCAGACAACAGCCCUUGCUGGUCCUCCUCGUGAAGGCUUCGACAUCAACACCCGUCGUCUCUCCACCACGAUCUUCUACCUCCUCACCCCCUGUCGUCCUCAGGGGAACUUCCACCGAAACCGCAGCCGUGUCAUCCACACACUUCACCGUGGCCGUGGUCGCUAUGUCCUUAUUCACCCCGAUGGUCGUGUCGAGACCUUUGUCGUCGGCCAUGCCGUCGAGCAAGGGGAGCGCAUCCAGUGGGUUGUCGAGGGCAACGUCUGGAAGGCAAGCUAUCUACUGCCCAGCAAGGCGACCGCUGGUGAAACGCAGCAUGGAGAAGGCCUUCUCAUUUCAGAGACUGUUGUCCCGGGUUUUGAGUACUGCGACCAUGAGUUCCUUUCCAAACAGGCCAUGAAGAGGCUGCUGCCAGAAGAUCAAGCUCGAGAGCUAGAUUGGCUUGUCAGAGAGUCUGAUGACAAACCUCAGAACUCGACUGACCCCGAGUUGCCUGUCGGUUCAGAUGAGGGUACCAGGAUAGCCGAAUCCAUCCCCGAGAUCAAGACCAUGGCUCCUGAUGGGCAUGGUGUCGAGCCCCUUUCAGUCGGAAGUGCGUGA